CCGAUGCCGUAAAGCUGUGCGCUGGGCACGACGCUCGCUUCAGCUUAGUACCCCCUCUGGGCCGUGGUCACUUGCCCGCCCCACCGCUAGGGUCUCGGCUGCCUGAGUCCUUGGGCCGGGCCUCCCUCCCUAUCGCUCUCCGCUUCCGAGGGAGCCCAUUCCCCGGCCGGACCUUAGGGCUGGGAGGGAGGAAGAGAGGGUCUUCGGGAGGGCUUUGGGGUAGGGGGUCCCGUGGAGGGGUCGGCGCAGCCCGUGGACAGCGGGGCCAUGGAGUCCGGGGAGUCAGGGCAGAUGCUGGUGACGUUCGAUGACAUCACAGUGUAUUUGCUUCAGGAGGAAUGGAUGCUAUUGGGAGAGCAGCAGAGGGAGAUCUGUGGUUCUGACAAGCUGGUGGCACCACUGGGAACCCCCAUCGCUAACCCGGAAUUGUUCUGUAAGCUUGAAAGAGGGGUAGAGCCAUGGCUGGGAGAUGCCCCAGGUAGGAGGAAACUCUUGAGUCAUCACCUAGGAAACAAGAAGAGGAGAUCCAUGGGAGAAAUAGACAUACAGGGUCCCACUGGAGAAGUUGGGUUGUAUCUGCCACCACGGAAAAAAGCCUGUGUUUCCCACCUCAGUCACUCAGAAUGUGACAGCAUAGAAGACGAUUCCAUAGGAAAAGCCAAAAAAAUAUUACGACCGCGUUCUAUCCAGAAGUCUUGGUUUCAGCAGUUUCCGUGGUUGAUCACGAAUGAGGAGCAGACAGCCCUGUUUUGCUCUGCCUGCCGGGAGUACCCAUCUGUUCGGGACAAGAGGUCUAGGUUAAUAGAAGGUUACACGGGGCCUUUCAAGGUGGAGACGCUUAAGUAUCAUGCAAAGAGCAAAGCCCACAAGUUUUGUGUUAAUGCUUUGGCCUCAAGGGACCCUAUUUGGGCAGCCCGUUUUGAGAGCAUCAGAGAAACGCCUGAGGAUGUGCUGUCCAGUGCAGAGCAUCUCUUCAGUGCAGAUUAUCCUGUGCUUUAUCCACCAGGAUCCCUGGGCGAUUAUGACAGUUUGGUUGAGCUUUUUCCAAACUCCAGAUCUGAGCUUGGAGACACCACUGAAAAUGGAGCAGCAUCAGCUCUCUACUUGGAUUGUAUUUCAGAUGUGAGGCAGAAGGAUGCCAUCAGUGACAUCUGUAGCUCAUCAAAUGUUAAUGUUUUAUUUGAUGACUCCACAGAGUUCUUUUGUCAGGAUCCUUCUGAAGAGGGGCUGUUUCAGGAGGUGCCGGUGGUGUUUGAGGAGCUUCCAGUGGUGUUUGAGGACGUGGCGGUGUAUUUCACCCGUGAGGAGUGGGCAAUGCUAGACAAGCGGCAGAAGGAGCUAUAUAGAGAUGUGAUGCGCAUGAAUUACGAGCUGCUGGCUUCAUUAGGACCUGCUGCUGCCAAGCCAGAGCUGAUCUCAAAGCUAGAGCGUAGGGCAGCCCCCUGGAUCAAGGAUCCCAAUGGACCAAAGUGGGGGAAAGGUCGCCCCCCAGGGAAAAAGAAGACUGUUGUUUCCACCAAAGAAGUCGACAUACCAGUCUCUGCUGAAGAGGCUGGAUUUCCUUUGCUUCCUUUAGUAGAAGUUUGCGACUCCUACCCCAAUCCUGGCAAUAGUGAAACAGAAGGAGAUGUGACUGGGAAAGUCAAGAAGACUUACCGACCCCGGUCAAUCCAGAAAUCUUGGUUUGGGCAGUUUUCUUGGUUGAUAAGUGACCCUGAAGAGACCACGCUGUUUUGUUCAGCUUGCAAAGAACGCCCUUCCCUCCAUGACAAAUCUUCCAGAUUAGUUAAAGGGUACACAGGGCCUUUCAAAGUGGAGACUUUAAAGUACCAUGAGGUCAGCAAAGCCCAUAAGCUUUGUGUCAGCACAGCAGAGGUCAAGGAAGAUGCCCCCCGGGCUGCCCUUGUUCCAGUGGUGCCAGAAAUCUCUAGUGACUUAAUGGCAAAUAUGGAACACUUUUUUAAUGCUGCCUACUCCAUUGCUUACCAUUCAAGGCCACUGAAUGACUUUGAGAAGGUUCUGCAGCUUCUGCAGAGCACAGGGACCAUGAUCCUUGGCAAGUAUCGAAACCGUACUGCCUGUACCCAGUUCAUUAAGUACAUCUCUGAGACACUGAAGAAGGAUAUCCUGGAUGAUGUCUGUCGUUCCCCUUGUGUGAGUGUGCUGUUGGACAGCUCCACAGACUCCUCAGACCAGUCUUGUGUGGGGAUUUACAUAAGAUACUUCAAAGAGAUGGAGGUGAAGGAGUCCUACAUCACACUGGCCCCACUCUACAGUGAGACAGUGGAUGGCUAUUUUGAAACUAUUAUUUCUGCUCUGGAUGAACUGGAUAUACCAUUUCGGAAGCCUGGGUGGGUAGUAGGCCUGGGGACUGAUGGUUCAGCCAUGCUUAGCUGCAAGGGAGGUCUAGUAGAGAAGUUCCAAGAAAUCAUCCCUCAGCUGUUGCCUGUGCAUUGUGUGGCCCACCGUCUCCACCUGGCAGUAGUAGAUGCCUGUGGAAGCAUUGACUUGGUAAAGAAGUGUGAUCGGCACAUCCGGACGGUGUUUAAGUUUUACCAGUCCUCAAACAAAAGGCUGAAUGAAUUACAGGUGGGUGCAGCUGCCCUUGAACAAGAAAUUGUACGCCUAAAGGAUUUGAAUGCCAUCAGGUGGGUAGCAAGCAAAAGACGGACGCUGAAUGCCCUGAUUGUGAGCUGGCCUGCCCUGGCCAGACACUUGCAGAGUGUGGCGGAAGCUGGGGGCCAGAUCGGGCAUAGGGCCAAGGGCAUGCUGAAGCUGAUGAAGAGCUUUCAUUUCAUUAAGUUCUGCCACUUCCUUCUAGACUUCCUAAGCAUCUACCGGCCUGUAUCUGAGGUGUGUCAGAAAGAGAUUGUAUUGAUCACAGAGGUAAACUCCACACUAGAGAGGGCUUACGUUGCCUUGGAAACCCUUCUCCACCAGGCAGGGCCCAAAGAGGAAGAGUUCAACACCAAUUUCAAGGAAGGUCGACUCCAUGGCAUUCCCUUAGACAGUGUGGAGAUGGCUGAACAGCGGUUCCAGGCAGACAGAGAGAAGAUGAUUUUAACUGGGAUUGGAUACCUCCAAAGAAGGUUUGAUGCUGACCGGUCACCCCAGCUCAAGAACAUGGAGGUGUUUGACACUAUGGCCUGGCCAGAUGGCAUCAAACUUGCUAACUUUGGGAACGAUGAGAUACUUAACCUAGCCAAACAUUUUGAGCUAUCCCUCCCACCAGGCUACAGUGAAGAAGGCCUCCUAGAUGAAUGGCUAGGCCUAAAGACCAUUGCCAAGAACCUUCCCUUCUCCAUGCUAUGCAAGAAUGCCCUUUCCCAGCACUCCCGCUUCCCUCUGCUGAGCAAGCUCAUGGCCGUGGUGGUCUGUGUGCCCAUCUCAACUUCUUGCUGUGAGCGUGGCUUCAGUGCCAUGAAUCGGAUCAAGACAGAUGAGAGGACCAAGCUCUCCAAUGAGGUCAUCAACAUGCUAAUGAUGACAGCAGUGAAUGGUGUGGCCGUCACUGAGUAUGACCCGCAGCCUGCCAUACAGCAUUGGUACCUGACUUCGUCAGGCCGCCGAUUCAGCCAUGUCUACACUUGUGCCCAAGUGCCACCUCGCUCUGAUGCAGAUGCUGAGCUCAGGAGUGACAACAUGGGGACUCUCUCUAUGGAGGAGAUGGUGUCCCAGGAGCCAGCCACGCAGCCCUCUAGGAAGCCUGUCAAGAUACCACAAGAUUAUGUCAGAGACUCAGCUAAUGGACUUAGAUGCCUAACAGCAGCCAAGAGACCCCAGAACUGUCCCAAUGAAGAAAGGGUCUUCCAGGAGCGGGAAAGCCAGGGGCUACCUCAGAGAGCCGCCUAACGAACUUCUGGGGAAAAGGCAGGGAUCAUGGUGUCAGGAUUUGUACAGAGAGAUCAUCUGAAAAUUCCUUGUGGGCACUGAUCAGCUGCAUGCUGACCAGAGCCCUUCUCCGAGGAACUCAGGGAGAUGCAGCCCUUGCAGGGCAACAUCCUUCUCACUAGGCUUAGCAGUAUGUCCAUGGCGGGGCAAGUCUUUUGUGCAUUAAUGUGCAGGGAAAUUUUUUAUUUUAAUUUCCUAUUUUAAAAGCCCCAGGAACCCACCUUGUCAAGAAGGACUUGCCCUCAUAACUGGUAGACCUUUAAGCACAGGAAAAUCUGUCUGGGUAGAGACUGUUUGGGACCUGAGCACUUUAUUCCCGGAAACCACUGGGAAAUAUGUCCAGGAGGCUGCCUGCUCCCUUGCAUUAUGGGUACUACCACAUUGGUAAAGAAGGAGGGGAGAACUUGGCUCAGAUGGAGGCCAUAGUAUGAGAGAGCAAUGUCUGGUUUAUGGGGCUUCCAAUCUGAGUAUUCUAGGCCAGGGGGCAUCCUCAGUUCCAGGGUGAGCCUGAGCUUGGCCAAGGGAGAAUUCUUCCCUGCUUCUGGAAGGGCUCCCUUUUAAAGGUCAAUAACCCUUUAGACCUAAGCACUGGAGAAAGACCAGUCCCCUGCAGGGUGUGGGGCUAGAAUGAGCUAACAGACUUGUGUAAAAGCUGCAAGUUUGAAUGCAGUGGGGUCUCAUCCUAUCUGCUGGGUGUCCUGGCUCACCCAAGGUUAUUCCCUUUCUCUCGUCUGUGCCUCAGAGCCCUCUUCUCUGUGCUAUACCAGGCAUAAGGCUGACUGGCCGGCUGCAGGAGAUUAUGGAACCAUAGUCCUGUUUCUCAUCUUUGACUGGUAUUUCCUUCAGUUGGUAAUGCUUCAAAAUCCAUUUUAUUCCUCUCCAAUCCAAUUAAAUUUGCCAUGAACAUACCCCCUGCAGUGAUGUGGAAGGCCUCAUGUCCUCUGAGCAAAAUGAGCAUUUGUAUUAUUCCUAGGAGCAGUUUCUUGCUUGGAAACUUAGGGUUAGAGUUGGGGUGUGGCUAUUGCUGCAUCUCAUUUAACCCUUCCUUACCUGUGGAUAGGGCCUCUCUACUUUCCCAAACUUUCCUUCCUGGGAAAUAGGACUAGGGUGAAAGUGAGAUGCAUACAUGGGCCCUGGACUCAGCUUAUUUCAAAUCAGGAUCAGAAAUAGUGCCAUUUCUGAUUAUAAAUACAGGCCAAGGGCAGAAGCCACUGGAAAUAUAAGAGCCUUCUGUCCACUACAACUUUUGCUGUUCAUUGUAAAGUUCCUUUUACCCAGAUUGACUGCCCUUUUCCUAAUAGAUUUAUUCCAUAUUCCCAAAAUAUAUGAAGUCUUUCUAAGAACAUCUACCCCUUGGCACCUCGUGCCACUCGCUAUGCAGACACAACUUUCAUGACCUGACUGAGCCUUUUCUCAGCCAUGAUGGAACCUCCCGUCCCACAUUUCUCUCUUGGAACCCAAUCAAAAUGCCUCAAUCAACCAGAGGGUUUCAGGAAUUUGAGAUACAUCUUGUCCUCCAAGCUUUGAGCUGCCUUUUCCAGUAUAACUGGAUUGGGAGCCCCAUUCCUCCCAUCUAUCCAUGUUGAUUUAGUGAAUCUGUCUUGGGAGCUUGGGAAUUAGUCUCAGAUGUAUAAAUGGGUUUCUGAGAACUGGGCAUGGAUUGGAGGAAGACAAAAGUGGCUGUCCCAGGUCUGUAUCGUGAGUGAUGGUAGUCAGAACGUGCCCAGCCCCUAGUGGCCAUGAGCUAGCUCCAGGGUGACAUUCCAUAAAAUUCCUUCCAUCCUGGGGCUGGAGUCCCAUUCCUGUCCUAUUAUCCUCUGCUCUUUUUUUCUUCACAAACACCUUGCCAACCUUGGUCUUCUGAGUGCCCUAAUCAGGGCAUGAGGUCAGUUUGAGCUUUAAUACUGGACAAGGGGUUUCCUCUGUGAGAUGAAUUUGUGAUCAGAGGUGGAAACCAUGCUAGAGAAGCCUAUGAGGGUCUUGUUGGGACCGAUGUCAUUGAUGAAUUCCUAGUUGGAUGCACUUUGAAAGAGGCUGUCCAUUGCUGGCUUUUUGAGCUGGUUGGCUUUCAGACAGUGGUGACUGAAAAUGCUAUUUAUUUAUAAAAAAGCAGUGAUUGUAGGGGUACAAUGUACAAUUUAUAUAAGCUUCCUCUCUGUGGGGUGGGAAUCACAGAAGGAAGGGGUACCUUGUCUGCUAGAUAUCUUAUAACUCUGUAAUUAACCAAGGGCAAAGGGACCUUUGAUGAAGUUUUUGCUUGAAUGGAAAUUACAGAAUAGAAAGUUCUCUGGCAGAAAUGGCCCUAGGGAAAGCCUCAAGGCUAAAGUUUACUCUCAAUAUGACUUUCAUCCUCCAUAUUGGAAAUUGGGCCCAGGAAAUUUAAUUUAGUAGAUAUGGUUCCUCUUAUGUCACAAAUGGCCUGUAUAGAUGGGUAAGGAGGAGACCACAUUUGCCCUGGGUAAGGGUUAAGGCUUGUAAUCUCGUCCUUAAAGAGACCUCUGCUGUCAAUAUCUUUCCAUGUGCAUAUCUCCUUCCCUAUGACCGCUGUCAUUCUGAGUAACCAGCAUUCUAACUGGUUGCUCUAAUCAACAGCCAUAAGAAUUGGGGCUGCGAAAGAGAGGACUUUCACCACUUCAUUUCGUCUACCCAUCCGUGUUCCAUGAGGGGUGUGGCCACGAUCUGGGUGCCAGCCAUAAUUCACUCUUGUCAGUCCUAGUGUGUCCUGGCAGAGAGUUCCUUGUUUUAUGAGUACUUAUCAUCUGGAUGAUAGUAAGGACAGUCAAAACAACUCAACUUAUGCCAGUGUCCACUCAGCCUGGAAUCCACAAAAUGGGGGCAUUGGAGGAAGGUGACCUAGUGGUGUCUUUUCCAACUUAUCCUUGUUUCAGAUCUGUGCAGAAUUUUGUUGUUUUUUUAAAAAACACAUUUGAUUCUUAAUCUUUUGCUAUCUGAAUAAAGCAGAGUUUUAUUUCAGUA